UCAGCGGGGUGGCGGAAGCCAGCGGAUUCAGGAGGCAGUUGGGAGAAUGCGCAGGGCCGGCCCCGGGCGGUUUGGGAUCAGUGCCUGGAAGGACAGGAUUUGGUGGCGGCCGAGUCUGAGGCCGGCUCCACCGCACCGCCCCUGGCACCCAGGCUUCCCGAGUAACACACCCCUUCUGGGCUCCGGAGAAAAAAGUCAGCGGGGUGUGUGGCAAGGGCCCGUCCCCCCUCUGCUCCUGACUGUCAUCCAAGCCUGCUCAGAAUUGGGGACGAUGGCCUCAAAUUCAGAGGGUUGGUAGGGUUUGUCCUGAGGGUCCGGCUGUGAGCCAGAGGCCUUAGAGCCCUCAGCGGGGCCCAGCGCCCAGCCAUGCCCUCACGAGGCCUGAAACAAGGGGCCGGAGGGAGGUUGUCUUUUAUUUUUCUUAGUUGCUUUUGUUUAUUUAUUGUUAAUUUUUAAAUGUUUAUUUUUGAGGGAGACACAGACAGAGCAUGAGUGGGGGAGGGGCAGAGAGAGAGGGAGACAGACUCGGAAGGAGGCUCCAGGCUCCCAGCGGUCAGCACAGAGCCCGACGCGGGGCUCGAACUCACGAACUGCCAGAUCAUGACCCGAGCCGAAGUCAGAGGCUCAACCGACUGAGCCCCCCAGGCACCCCGAUGAUUUUGUUUUUAGAAAUCAUCUUUCAUUGACCGAGUUUGCCUUUUUAUUUUUUAAAAGUAAUCUCUAUACCCAACAUGGGGCUUGAACUCACAACGCCAAGACCAGGAUUCGCAUGUUCUACUGCCUGAACCAGCCAGGCGCCCCAGAAGGUUGCCCUUUGAAAGUGGGAGGAGGGCCCUGAGCUCAGGAAGGGGAAUUUGGGAGAUGGGGGGUAGGGCAGCCCGAGAUUGUCUUGCUGUGUCUGAUGUCUGUAGCGUAGAGCCAGCUCGGAGCAGGCACUCCCAGCUGUGCCCCGUGGCAUUGCCACCGUGUUCCCUCUACCCUUGCCAAGGAUCUGGACCCGUGGCCCUGAGGCUGUACACAUCCAGUCCUACAUCUGACCCUCUGUUUUCACUGCUGCUCUGAGGCUCCUGGGUGAGGGACCAGCUCCCAGCCCUGCCCGUCCUGAUGCAGGGCCUGUGGCAGAUCAGACGUAAAUAAGUGAAAUUGAAUAAAUUACCAGUUUGGUGCAGCUGACAAAGGUCGCUACACUGAAACCUCUUACAGUACAGUGAGUGAUGACCCUGAGGGAGGAGCCACAUCCGAUAUUUUGAUAUCAUUCAUUUGAUAUUGAGUGCUUUUUAUGUGCAAGGUAGCCUUGAAAUACACUCAUGAAAAUCUCUGAGGUGCCAUCCUUCCCUCAUGGAGCUUCCCAUCUAGAGAUGCGGGUGAAACACUACCUCUCCCACACACAGUGUAACCAGAUUUGAGGUAUUUACCAACAGAGUUUGCUGUAUUUCCAAAAGUAGGAUUUAUGCUAAUAAAUAUUUAAGUCUGCAACUGUCCCACUGAAUCAUCUUUACCUGAAACUCUCAACUUGCAGGGUGCUCAAAAAUUGCUAAAUUUACAUGUUUUGGGGAAGUGAAAGUUAAAAAUUACAACCUAACUAUAUCAUUCAAAACUGUAAAAGGACUUUUGGAAACAUGUUUUUUACAGGUUUGAUCUGUACUGACUUAUGUAUCACUGUUAAAAUAGAAACUUUACCCAAAGACUGAAUAAAAAAUCUGAGGCUUUCCUAGACGAUUUUUUAAAAUCUUGGCACUUUUCAUGGUUUUUUCAGUUAUUUAAUUUAUGCAUUCAAGUUAUGUUUUCUGAAAUGUAGGUAAAAGAAUGGCCAACUCCUUUGCAUCAAAGACCUUCACGGCACUUGCAGAUCUGUAUCCAAAUAUGGCUAACCUGAGAAUAAUUGGUAUAGUUAUUGGGAAAACAGAUGUCAAAGGCUUUCCAGACAGAAAAAGCUGAGUUCUGGUUGACUCUUUGCUUCAUUUUUCAUCAAGUGUGGCUUAUGACUGCAACAAAGUAUAUUUAAGUUAUUGAACCUUUCAUGCCCAUUGAACUCCUUGAGGGCAAUGGCCAUGCUCUCUAUUGUAUGAUGUUGGAUCAGAGAGGUACACUUUCAGUUUUACCAUCCGGGACUCACCAGCCCAUUUUGUAAAUGCAGCGUCCUGGGGCAGCGAAGGCUACAUCAGAUCUCUUUCUGACAGCUUUAGGAUUGGAGAGUGUGGGAUCCUCAUGGAGUGGUUGCGUGAGGAAUUCGCAAAACAGCACAGAGAGGUCUCAUGUAGACCGUAAUGAGGAAACAGAAGCCCUAAAAUUGAUCAUUGAAAAUCCUCUCAUCCAACGAAAGGAAUUAGAAAGAGAAGAAAAAUUCAGCCCGGCAACUCCUGGCAACUGUAAACUAUUGCUCAGUGAGAAUCAUUCCACCGUAAAAGUUUGUUCCAGUUAUGAAGUGGACACCAAGCUCCUUGCUCUGAUAUACUUACCUAUUAAAGAGUCUCGUGAUUACUAUUCACUGGGUGAUAUUGUUGCAAAUGGACACAGUCUGGAUGGAAAGAUUAUUAACGUGCUUGCAGCUGUGAGGUCGGUUGGAGAACCAAAAUGCUUUACAACUUCAGACCGAAGAAAAGGCCAGAGGUGUGAGGUGAAACUCUAUGAUGAGACGGAGUCUUCUUUUACAAUGAUAUGUUGGGAUAAUGAAUCUAUUCUAGUUGCACAGAGCUGGAUGCCACGAGAAACAGUAAUAUUUGCCUCAGAUGUAAGAAUAAGUUUUGACAAAUUUCGGAACUGCAUGACAGCAACAGUAAUCUCAAAAACCAUUAUUACAACUAAUCCAGAUACACCAGAAGCUAACAUCCUGUUGAAUUUUAUAAGAGAGAAUAAAGAAACAAAUCCUCUGGAUGGUGAAAUCGACAGUUAUCUGAAAGAUUCCAUAAAUUUAAAUGCAAUAGUUGAUGUCUAUACAGUUGAACAAUUAAAGGUAAAAGCUUUGAAGAAUGAAGGGAAAGCUGACCCUUUCUACGGGAUUCUUUAUGCUCAUAUCUCUACGCUGAACAUUGAUGGUGCAACCACAGCUGUCGUUCGACGCCGAUGCUCGGGCUGUGGAUACGUUAUGAAGGAAGCAUCCGGCCCCUGCAUUGCUUGCCACCGAGAUUCUUUGGAACUUAAAUCUGCUUUUCGCAGCUUCCACUUGCUGAUUGAUGUCACUGACCACACAGGCACCCUCCAUGCCUGCAGCCUCACGGGAGGUGUUGCAGAGGAGACUUUAGGCUGCACGGUGAAUGAGUUUCUUACAAUGACGGAUGAACAGAAAACAGCGCUGAAGUGGCAAUUUCUUCUGGAGAGAAGCAAACUUUACUUAAAAUUCUUUUUAUCACAUAGAGCAAGGGGUGGACUGAGAGUUAGCGUGCUCUCGUGUAAGCUUGCAGACCCUACUGAGGCAAGCAAGAACUUGUCUGGACAAGGAAAUACUUAAAACAGGGUAUUUUAAACUCUGAACAAGGAUAUGAGCUUCGACUCCCUGGAAAGUGGAAAACGAGUUUGAAGAUUAUGGAUGAAAUUGUAUUUUGUUCAAAUGUGGUAAAAAUGUUUCUAUAAAUUGUUAUUAUGUUACCUUCUGGAGUUGGUCGAGAGGGGUGAAUCUUAAAAUCUCUCAUACAACCCAGCUCCUUUGUCAGAAGUCCUUUUCUUCCAGCUUUGCCCAAGUUGGAAAACGUUUGCAUGAAUUAAUAAACAAGUUUAAUCUUCCCCACA